AUGGAAGAAUUUUGGACUAAGCUCCCAGACCUUCCUGAAGCAGCACAUUUGGCGAUCACAGACAUUCCUGAAGCAUCACAGUCGGCGACUGACCCAAAGUGGGACCCGAUGGCGCGUGCCCGAAAGCUGGAGAAGGAGUACGAUCUCUCUCGCCAAAUCGUAAUUGCGUCCAAAUACAAGGCAAAGGAGGAAUGGUGGGAGUUGAACGCGCAAAAUACACAGAAGCUGGCAGGCACCUAA